CAUUUUGCCAAUGCCAACUCAUAAUAGGCCAUCUGUACCUUAUAAUGACAUCCCACCCAAAACCCUCCAACUUUAUUCUAAUUAUAUUAUUAGCCCAACCAAGCUGUUAUUCACUCUCUCAAAUUCUCUCUCUCUCUCUCUCCCCUGUCUUGUCUUCGUUACUGAUUUUAGCAGAGACAUGGCAGACCAAGAACCCGCCAUCAAGGUCGAGCCCGAAGCCACCUCGGAGCCUGCGCCUUCGCCUCACCCUCUGGCAACAGAACACCUCGAACAACCACCCAAAGAUGUCACCGAGGAGAAAUCCGUAAUUCCACCUCCUCCGCCUGAACACAAGCGCGAUGACUCCAAAGCGCUUGCCGUCGUUGAAAAGGCUCCAGAGUAUGCCGAACAGAAAAAUACUGAGGGUUCUAUCGAACAGAAAAAUACCGAGGGUUCUAUCAACCGAGACGCUGUGCUUGCAAGAGUUGCAACAGAGAAGAAGAUAUCACUAAUCAAGGCAUGGGAAGAAAGUGAAAAGUCCAAAGCAGAGAACAAGGCUCAUAAAAAGCUAUCUGCCAUUGGGGCGUGGGAGAACAGCAGGAAAGCAUCUAUAGAGGCCGAGUUGAAAAAGAUUGAGGAACAGUUGGAGAAGAAGAAGGCUGAAUAUGUGGAGAAAAUGAAAAACAAAGUGGCUAUGAUACACAAGGCAGCAGAAGAAAAGAGGGCAGUGACUGAAGCUAAACGUGGGGAAGAUCUACUCAAGGCAGAGGAAAUGGCUGCAAAAUAUCAGGCCACUGGAACUGGUCCAAAGAAGUUCCUUGGUUGUUUUUCAGCCUAGAAAUUUCAGGUCUGGUUGAAAUAUAUUUGAAUUAUUUGUAGUCUUUCUUCGUUUGGAGUUCAUUUGUUAUAUGUGAUGUUUGGUUAUGUGGUCGGGAAAUUGAUCAAUACGUUGUUGUGUCACAGUGAUUUAUGUGUGUGUAUAUUGCAUUUGAAUUUUGAAGAAAACCUAACUUAUUAGUUUGUAAAAAAGGAACAUGUAUAUUAUUGGAUGAUGGAAUCAUGGAGUUCUCUGAAA